UCAGCCAUGAAGAUCUCUUUAACUUUUCUGCUGUUGGGCAUCUCCCUUGCCUUAACAAAUGCCUUUAUUCUUAAUAACAAUAAAAAUAAAAACAAAAAUAAAAUGGGGGAAAAAGAAGCAUUUUCCCAUGGUCGUGCGGUGACUUUGGUGAUGAAACGGUGGAAUGACUGGCAGAAUUGCCACAGGUGCAGUGAAAUCGAAAGAUACUGCAUGGAGAAAGCCAUUGUGGAAGAUCUCAUCUUUAUUCUGAGACUGUUGGCUAAUGACAUGGGACAGUCAGUGAAAGAUCUUGUGGGAACAGUGGACUUUAAGAUCCAAAUCCAAUAUGUCUACACUGCAGUGGAUAACGGAAACUGUGAUUCACUUACUCAAGUCUUGAGAAGUUACGGAUUGCUCAAUCACUUUGUGCAAACUGUCAUCGCUUUGAUGAAUAAGCCAUUGAAAGAUUCCAAUGUGGACCUGGGAUCAAUUUGUAAAGGAGUGAAUGAUGCUUUGGGAGGUAUCUUAGGUUCAGUACUUGGUAUUGUUGGAAAUCUUACGGGUGUUGUUACUGGACUGGUCGGUACUGCCACUGGAGUGGUUGGUGACGUUCUCGGUUCUGCCACUGGAGCACUUGGUGGCGUUGUCGGUUCUGCCACUGGAGCACUUGGUGGCGUUGUCGGUUCUGCCACUGGAGUGGCUGGUAACCUUCUAGGUACUGCCACUGGAUUGCUUGGUGGCUUAAAGUUAGGUUAAUCACAGUUACAUUUUGCCUCAACCUAAAAAGAUGGGAAAGUGAUAUCGCUAUGAACUCUACAUGUGUCUUAUUAGUUGUAUGCUACCAUUUCACAUCAGUUUGUUCCUAAUAAAUACUAAG